AUCUGACGAGGUGUUGUGUUUGGACAUCCUGAUAUUAUUUAGCCGGAUAUGACCAUUGUCCCUAAUUGAAAAAGAAAAAGAGAAUUCUAUCUUCUUCUUCGACCUCCAUCAACCGACCUCAGUCACCUUCAAUCGACCUUGGCCGCCAUCAACCGACCUCAUCUAUUUCAUAAACCUUUACCCAGAUAACUCCGGAAAAGAUAAAACGCCAAACUUGAGUGAAGUGCCCAUUCUCUCGGUCAAAUACUUCUCUUCUCCACCAACCCUUGUCUUCAAGGAUCCAAGUCAUAACUCCUGCUUCCUAAGUGAUUGGUCGUCGGCCAGGACUGUUCAGGAAGAUCAUCCUAUAGAGCGUAUGCACAAAGUCUACACCUCAUUUUGCUGCUGCUGUGUUGCACCGUCUUAAUCUCUUAUUCCUUUUCAGUUUUCCAGGAACCAUGAGCACAGGAGGAUCAACUUCUUUUGGAUUGACGAUAUAUUAAUUUAAGAAACUUUAUUGCUUGUGUUUCGCACCGUGUGAGAGAGCAAAAGACUUCCACAGUUCAACUGCAGAGCAAAGGAAUUUGGAACUUUCUUUCUACAAAAUUUGCAGCCCCACCUGCAAUGGCUGCCAUAGCAUUUACACCCCAGGUUCAACGACCUCCCUUGCCCUUAUUUUCCGCACCCAAAUACCCAAAACCCAAAACCAGAGCCCCCCUCCAACCUCCUUCUUCCUCUUCUUCAACUUUACAGCUCGCCUAUGACCCCUUCGUUCACCAACUCGCCGAGUCCCUCGACGACUCACUCCCCUCCUCCUCUUCUUCAGCUCUCCAAAACCUCCGAGACUCUUCUGUUCAAACCGUCCUCUCAACGCCAUGGCCCACUCGCAAAGAUGAGCCUUAUCGCUUCACAGACACCUCCUUCAUCAAAAGCUCUCAAAUCACUCCAAUAUCUCGCCCACCCAGCUUUCCAACCGCACCGGAAGAUACCAAGUUUCCCCAUUUGGAUAUUGUCGAUGGGUUCCUUGUGAAUUCAAUAAAUUUGAGCGAAUUGCCGAGUGGGGUUUAUGUUGGUAGCUUGAUGGAGCUUUCAGACGAAACAAUCAUGAAAAGGGUGUCUGAGUUUCUGUCCAGUAGCUCUCAGGGAGACUUGUUUUGGUCCAUUAAUGGAAUUGGGGCGCCGGAUUUGACUGUGGUUUAUGUUCCAGCAGGGUGCCAGGUAGAGAAUCCUAUAUGCUUGCGCUACUUUUCCAAUGAAGGAGGUGAAAUUAGGUCACAUAAACUGCCAUUAUCGAAUCCAAGGGUGCUUGUGUUGGUGGAAGCGGGAGGGGAAAUUGGUUUGAUUGAGGAGUUCCUAGGUGGUGAUGGGGACAAGUGUUAUUGGGUUAACUCUGUUUUGGAGGUUGGGGUUGGAGAAGGAGGGAAAGUUAAGCAUUCUUAUGUUCAGAACCAGUCUGUAAAUGCUGCCCACAUCAAGUGGACUUCUGUUCGCCAGGAAUCUGCUAGUACGUAUGAGCUUGUCGAAGUUAGCACUGGCGGAAAGUUGAGCAGACACAAUCUCCAUGUUCAACAACUAGGACCUGACACAAUCACCGAGUUAUCAACACUGCACUUGUCUGCUGGUAAUCAAACCCAAGAUCUACAUAGUAGCAUAGUCCUGGAUCAUCCACGAGGUUAUUCCAGGCAACUACAUAAAUGCAUUGUGUCUCACUCUGAAGGAAAAGCUGUAUUUGAUGGGAACGUAAAGGUUAACAGAUACGCACAACAGACAGAUGGUGGGCAACUAACAAGAAGUCUUCUUCUUGCACCCCGUGCCACUGUAAAUGUUAAACCAAAUCUUCAGAUUAUUGCUGACGAUGUGAAAUGUUCCCAUGGAGCUGCAAUUAGUGACCUAGAAGAAACCCAGCUCUUCUAUUUUCUGGCACGGGGGAUCAGUUUAGAGGCAGCAAGAAAGGCUCUUGUAUAUUCCUUUGGUGCUGAGGUGAUUGAAGGAUUACCUUAUGCUUGGAUAAAGAAAAAAGUAGAAAAUCAAAUUAAAGAAUUGUUGGAAGGAUCCUCAUAAUUAAGACAUAAUAUGUCAUUGUUUACUGAAAAUGUAAUUGUCACUCAGAUUAUUCGAACAAAUUUUGUGUGGUAUGAAAUUCUGGAAAGCUUGAUGCGCCAAUUGUUUCCCAAGCAAAAUUAAUCAAACCCGUUCUCUUAUAGGAGUUAUAGGGCCAUGGCUUGCCUUGUGUUUUUC